CUCUUUGUCAGGUGAGCUAUGUGUUUGAUGAAACUCCUUCAAAGUCUCUACUGCUUGUCCUCCUGGUCAAGCCAUCAGUUGGUCUUGUUGUCUGGUGGAUGCAGGUUCCACAUGAUCUGAGAUCAGGUUUUUAUGGUAACAGAGUUUUGAAUUCACUAUGGCUCCUGCGGCAAGUGCAGAUAUGGGGUACACCCCUCCAGAUGGCGGCUGGGGAUGGCUUGUUGUACUUGGUGCUUUCAUAUCCAUGGGCUUUUCAUAUGCUUUCUGCAAAGCAGUAACAGUCUUCUUCAAAGAAAUCCAGGAUUUUUUUGGAGCCUCUUACAGUGAGAUUGCUUGGAUAUCGUCCCUCUUGCUUGCUGUCAUGUAUGCUGGUGGUCCUAUCGGCAGUAUCUUGGUGAAUCGAUAUGGCAGUCGACCUGUAGUUAUCUUUGGAGGCUUUUUAAGUUCGAUUGGUAUGAUUCUAGCUACGUUCAGCACAAGUAUUUUACAGCUUUACAUAUGCGUCGGUGUUAUUGCAGGUUUUGGAUUUUCUCUAAACCUUCAGCCAUCAGUCAUCGUGAUUGGAAAGUACUUUUCAAAACGUCGACCAAUUGCAAAUGGCCUAGCCAUGGCAGGAAGUCCAGUCGUACUCUCUACGUUGGCACCUCUGAAUCAGUUUUUGUUCGACGAGUAUGGGUGGAGAGGGAGUUUUCUCAUCCUGGGAGCCCUGCUCUUGAACUGUUGUGUGGCUGGUGCUCUGUUUCGUCCUAUUGGACCUAAAUUUAUAAAAUCUAAAAAACAAAAAGACAAAGGUGGUGAUAAAGCAAGUGCUGGCUUGGUGGAAACAGGGAAACUAAAGGAAAAGGAAAAGAAGAAGGAAGAAAGCUGUAUGCAAAAAUUCAACAAAGUCCUUGAUUUGACGCUUUUUAAACACCGAGGCUUCUUAAUUUACCUUGUUGGAAAUGUUAUAAUGUUUCUUGCAUUUUAUGCUCCGAUUGUAUUUUUAACACCAUAUGCAAAGCAUCUAGGGGUUGAUGAAUACUCAUCAGCCUUUCUUUUAUCAAUACUUGCCAUAGUUGAUAUGUUUGCCAGACCACUUACAGGAAUCAUUGCCAACACCAAGUGGAUCAGGCCAAGAAUUCAAUAUUUUUUCAGUGCUUCUAUUGCAUUUAAUGGAUUCUGCCAUCUCAUGUGCCCAAUAGCCGGAGGCUAUACAGGUUUGGUGGUGUACUCUGUGUUUUUUGGAUUGGGUUUUGGCAUGGUGUGCGCAUUGCUAUUUGAAACUCUGAUGGAUCUUGUUGGCGUCAAACGAUUUUCCAGUGCUGUUGGGCUUGUCACAAUUGUGGAGUGUGUUCCUCUUCUAAUAGGACCCCCACUUGGAGGUGCAAUAGUUGAUGCCUCAGGGGACUACAGAUACAUGUUUUAUGCAUGUGGUGGUACCAUAGUGUUUGCAGGUUUAUUCCUAUUUGUUAUGAACUAUUAUAACUAUCGGAUGCUUGAAAAGGAAGAAAAGGAAAGACAAGACAAAGAGAUUGAAAUGAAAGAAGGCAAUGGCUUCACAACAGAAAACAAAAAACAAGCACUAAAUGACACUGAUCAUGAGGUCAAAAAUGGCCAUGAGAUCAUAGCUGAACAAUCUGAACCUGAAAAAAGUUCGAAAGAAGAACUUAAUGGCUCAAAAUGAGCAUAGACAUAAAGGACAUGAAAACAUGAAGGUUUUGUAAGUGUAGUAAAUUUUCAGACCAAAAUGAUAAUUUACUGUGA